AACAAAAAACAGCUGAUUGCAACAGCCAGCACGCAGAGCACGUUGUGUUGAUUGCCUCUCGGUCCGAAUUUGUUGCAACAACUUAAGAAGAAAUAAACUUAAUUUAUUUAAAUUGUAUACAACAAUAGUUGGAGAUGUCGAAACCAAUUACCUUUGUUACCGGCAACGCCAAGAAGCUGGAGGAGCUAGUUGCUAUUCUGGGUCCAAAUUUUCCGCGCACUAUUAUUUCCAAGAAAGUAGAUCUGCCUGAAUUGCAGGGUGAAAUAAAUGAAAUCGCGAUAAAGAAAUGCAAGGAGGCUGCUCGUCAGGUUAAUGGCCCGGUUCUGGUAGAGGACACAAGUUUAUGUUUCAAUUCACUCAAGGGUUUACCCGGUCCCUAUAUCAAAUGGUUUUUGGAGAAACUCGAACCAGAGGGACUGCACCAAUUACUGACCGGUUGGGAGGAUAAGUCUGCUCAGGCCAUUUGUACGUUUGGUUAUUGUGAAACCCCCGAUGCGGAGCCCCAAAUCUUCCAGGGCAUCACAGAAGGGACUAUAGUAGCGCCUCGUGGUCCGAGAGACUUUGGUUGGGAUCCUGUGUUCCAGCCUAAAGGCUAUGAGCAAACAUACGCCGAGCUGCCCAAAACGGAAAAGAAUAAAAUUUCUCACAGGUAUCGGGCAUUGGCAUUACUUCAGGAACAUUUCGAGAGCAAACAGUAAAAUAGUUAGUUAAGAUUUAUUAUCUCUCGUCAUCAAAUAGAAUUUAUACCUUAAAUUUUAUGGUAUUACAAACACCGAUAAGAAUGUUUAAGAGUUUUGAAUUUAAUUAAUGAUAAUAAAUAUUCUUUUCAUAGUAAUGUUAA